AAGUGUUAUAUAAACCAAACCACAAUUGUUGAACAAUAAAGUACCAAAAUCAAAACAUUUAACUAAAGAAAUGGCUUCUUCUUCCUCUUGUGUUGGCCUCCUUUCUCUUGUGAUUCUGAUACCAUUUCUUUUAGUCUCUGCUUCGGCCACAAAAUACAUCGACGUCAUAUGCGAACGUGCCGGUACUACCCACAAAGCCUUCUGCGUCAAAACUUUGAACGCAUACCCUUCUGCGGCUUCUGCCACCAGCAUGUUCCAAGCGGCUGGGGCUACGCUCAACCUCGCCAUAUCUUAUGCCAAUAGGUAUGCGGGUUUUGCCGGAAAAGUGGCAAAGGAGAAUCCAAAAUUGAAGAGGGAUUUUGCGACGAUUCAGAAUGCCUUCAGAGGGAUUAGCAUAUCUCUCAAAAGUGCUAAACAUGAACUCAAGGAUUCGCCGGACUUUGCCAACUAUGACGUCAUGGUUUGUACCGACGGCACAACGAUGAUGAAGAAAUUGAUCGGUAAAAAUACAGACAAGGUGUCGAAGACUGUCAUGUUGAUGACACUAAAGAUGGAGGAGCUUAUUGCUAUGGCCGUUGGAGCCACCUUAGCUGUUGGCGGGUAAAGACGACGAUAAGAACACAUGCCAUCGUCAGAUUUGUCAUAUUUAGUUUACUUUUGAGUAUAAGGUUGUUGUUAUUUAAUUCUAGAGCAUGUGAUGUUCUGUUUUCUAAGAAGAUCAAAACAUUUCUCUUCGAUAGAACAUAUGCAUGUGUUGAAAACCCAACUUUCAUAAUACCAUGAAUAUCCAUUAAAUUCUUCAAA